ACGGUCAGCAGCAUAAAUUGCUCUUACUGGCUUAAUGCUGUUGAUGAUGAAAUGAUGUGCUCUGUUUCUUUUUUCUAUAGAGAGGAACAAACUAAAGCUUGUAACUGUUGAAAAUAUUUAAUACGACAAAUAAAAAUCUUUCAAAUAUAAAUUUGUAAUUGUAGGCGCUUUGUUGACUUCCAGUGCUCGAAAAGAUGAUUGAUCAUAAGUAGGUAUUCUCAAAAUAGUUAGAUACAGCAUAUCACCGACCAAGUCAUUUUCCAUGAAUUCAGAAUGAACUUCCCAUGUGAAUGUUUUCAUUAAUCGUUGCCCCAGCAACAUGAAUCAGCUGCCCGGCUCCAACCAUUCUUGUUCUGACUGAAGUUUUAUAGCACAAUGUCUAUAUUCAAAGUAAAACAGUGGUGGUCAAAUAAUGAUUCAAGAGGAGACCAAGCUGAUGUGGGAACCCAAAAUGGUAGUUGUCUUAAAGUGGACAGAUUUAGCUCUCAUAGCGAUAGUGACUGUAUUGUUACUGGUGAAGGGUCAAUACUUAAACUUUACAAGCCGAAUCGUCAAGAUGCAUCGCAUAUUCUACUAGAAAAUAAUUUCAAUGUGCCUAUACUACAAAUUGAAACUGGGAAAUUCAUAGCUGGAAAAGAAGACAGACAAAUCUUAAUUCUUCAUCCACAAAGCUACGCCGUAUAUCAAUUAAACAGGAAGGAAGGCCACACAGAUGUCGGAGAUCAAAAUGCUCUCGAAUCGGUUGUUAAGCACUCGUUUACACGUCGAGCCUACAGCGUAACAUGCGGUCCAUUCGGAAAUAUUAAAACAAGGGACUUCAUAUGCGUUCAGUCUCUUGACGGUACUUUGAGCUUCUUUGACCAAGACACGUUUCUCUUCAUGUGCAUCUUUAACGAUGUUAUAAUCCCGGGCCCCGUUUGUUAUGUAGCUAGCUGCGAUUCUUUCGUUAUAUGCAAGUCGACGUGGGUGUUAGAAAUAUACAGUUAUCAGCAAUUGAGAGAGCUCAGUGAACUAACCGCUAGACAAAAUAAAAAGAGCAUCCCGCAGUGGGUUUACAAUGCCGGCGAGGAAGUGACGUCGCUACAGGCUAUCCAGACAAGCAGCAAUUUCUCAAGCAUCAUUGCCUUGGGUGAGAGACAUCUCUACUGCUUCCAAGACAAUGGUCUCAUGAAGUAUAUGAUCAAGUUUGAUUACAUGCCUAUUUGUUUCAACGCGUAUAUAAUUGGCUGGUAUUAUGAACCAGGAUCCCGUCUACUAGUAAUGGUCGCCUCUGAAGACUCCAAGCUUUUUGUUUACGAAAACACCACUUUACUAUGGUCCUGCGAUCUGCCCCAUUUUGCCAUAUCGAUAUCGCGGUGUUUCCUAAAGUUGCUACCAGGUGGCGUUGUCACGCUCUCCAAUAAUGGUACCAUUCAGGUUAGCUAUAUCGGGACGGAACCUGAUUUAAACGCGAAUGCUGGGUCGAUGAUAAAUGAUGUUAUGGAUCCGGAAGCGGUGCAAGCCGAGUUAGAUAAUGUCGAAGAGACGCUGCAGAGGAUUCUGGAAAGUAAUGAAGAAAUAAACGACCAAUAUCCUACAAUAGACAAAAUAAUAACGAUAAAGGCUGACGCCGAAAAACCAGUUCAAAAUGUAUUCCAAAAGUUCACGCAAGAUGACGCCUUACAUUUAUGCCCAGUUGUCCUCAUAAUAACAUGUGAAGACCCAAAGAUGGUACAAAGCAUUCAGAUCACAUAUGUGUGCUCUCCGCCCUUUGCCUGCUCCGAAUCUGUGAUAUGCUUAGAUAGUAUAAAUGGCACUGAAAUAGUGGAAACUCAAGUAUUUAUGUCCAGUGACGCAGAUAUCUCUGAUACCUUCGUUAGAAUCAUCCUGACUGUUACGGAUGCAAAAGGAAAGAUAGAUGUGUUGAAUAAGAAAGUGUUAUUGCCGGCGAGUUUGUACUGCGUGCCUAGCGAAGAUCAACAUGAGAAUAAUAAAGUGUUGUGUUUGACUGUGAAUAAACCUUGCAUUCAGUUUAACGAGAUAUUUACAGAUUUUUCGGAAGAAGAAAUGGCAGAACAUGGAGACUUAUCAGAAUCAGUAAAUUUCACAUACAAGAAUACGAAAAGGAAUGUAACAGUUAGGGCAGCGGAAAAACAAUAUUCACUAGAGGCGAAGGAAUUUUCAGAUAUUAUUGCGAUAUUAGACUAUUUAAUUAUAAAGUUAUCUGACCAUUACGCUAGGAUGGACAAGGCAGAUUUUCGCUACAAUUUUCAAUUCGACUCUGAAUUGAGCAAGCAGAUUAUUGUCAAGUUGCUAAAAAGUAUCGAAGUUCAUGCAAAGGAAAGAAUUAAGUUAAAAAGCUCGGAGAAUGAAUUGAACGUACUUCAAAGACAGUUCACGCUAGUUCAGAAAAGGCUACUAGUGCAAUACGGGUCUCUCCCACCCGGAGACUGCGAUCCCUUAGAGUACCUCAUGAAGGACACUCACAGCAGAUUGAUCACAUGCGUCAACGAUAUUAUACAGGGGAAGGAAGCCGUUUCUAGAGCGAGUGGCACUGUGGCUGCAGUUGGAAACCUCAUCGUGCGUAUUUUAAAACACACGGCGCCGGACACUUUUAAAAUAAAAUUAAUAGAAGAAAUGUUGGGGCUAAAUUCGUUAUAUGAAGAUUUUCAGGAAUUGGAAGAAACAGUUACACAAGCAUUAUCGUAUAUCGUUAACGAAGUGUUGAAAAAAUCGGAAAAGGAUAGAGAAAAAUUAGCACCAGUUACUGAGCAAGGAAUACUGUCUCAUAUUAAUUUGAAAAGGUUUUUGAAGCAGAUCAAAAUGAUUCUGGAUCGUAUGUUUGAUGAGGCGGGGGCGAGCGGAACUGAGACUGAUAAAGGAAAGGGAAAAGUUAUACGUAUUGAAGAGUUUGUGGAGGUGUUAUAAAUGUUCUAUGCCUAAUCAUGCCACGUUGGGACUCAAGUUUGUUAAAUAUAUACAUUUUAUCUUCACAUACCAAAAAUUAUUAACACGUUCACUGUCCCAAACUGAACUGUCAACCUUCCGGUUUUGUAAUAGGGAGCGUGCAUGAACUGUAGGAGGCAGCACAGGAGCCGUCAGAUUUUUGGCGCGAGGCGUAAAUGUGAUGUUUAUUGUUCCGAUGUAGCCCACAAGAUGGCAGAACCUACUAUGCACAAGACAACACGUGACGUGUAAAUGUACAUGUUUAUUGUUCCGAUUCAGGCCACAAGAUGGCAGACCCUCCAACGCGCACGGUCCCUAUAGACUUGCUGUGACCCAUAUAUGGGGCACGGACAGUGAAAGUGUUAAAAUAUAAGUGUGUAAGCUGUAACAUUCGUUAUCACCUUAAAUGUUUGAAUAAAUAGAUAUGAAUUUUCGUAAAAUGGUAAU